CACGUCCCUCUUGUAUCGACUUCCGUCGUAUACGGUUUACGCAACAGACAGCCUGGUCCUCGACCGUCGAGGGUUUUCUUGAGCAUUUGGAGAACGAGAAUUCUUGAACAAAACGAUGUUACGCGUUGUAGCGGCACGUGUGAGCUCGGCGGCACGCACGAGUCUGUUGGCAUCGCGAAGUGCGACCGCUGUCACCGGUACGCAGAGCACCAGAGCAUCCCACGAUGUCCAGGAGACCGACGAGGAGUUCGACGAGCGAUAUGUAAAAUUCUUCAGUCGCAACGACAUUGAUCACUGGGAGAUCCGAAAGGCCAUGAACGACCUGGCCGGUAUGGAUGUUGUACCAGAACCAAAGAUCAUAUGUGCGGCAUUGAGAGCCUGCAGAAGGUUGAACGAUUUCGCACUCGCCGUGAGGUUUAUAGAAUCUGUGAAAGAAAAGGCCGGACCUCACGUUAACACGAUUUACCCUUAUAUUAUUCAAGAAAUCAAACCCACCUUGGAUGAGUUGGGUAUCAGCACACCUGAGCAACUAGGUUAUGACAAACCAGAAUUAGCCCUUGAAUCGGUGUACCAUAUGUGAUAAGCCAAGAGAAUCAAUAAUAUAAACUUUAGUAUUUAUCUCUACGCUGCUGCGUGUGGCACAGAAACAUGCAUGACGAAAGAAUAAUUCAUCGGUGAAAUUGAACUUAUACUUUUCAUGUAUUUGCAUUACCAGCGGCAUUAUUGAAUAAAGAAUCACAGUUGUAAUUAACA